GCUAGUCGGCCAUCUUCCGUCAUCGACUUCGUAAACUUCGUCGUUUGUGAUUAGUUAUUCAUCUGAUGAUAGAUAGUAAUAAUAUAUUGUGUCCGUCAACAUCUACAUUAAAGUAGUGCACCGAUUUUACUAAGUAACGCGAUUCAACAUCAUAUUCGAGAUUAUUUUACCAUAAGCCACUUGAAUUCCCCACGAAUCACCUCAUUAAAGCCGCUCACCGUUCAACCCACAUUCCCGCAUCCUUUUGCUUCAACGCGUGAGAGGGUUGCUCGUUCAUACACCUCAGCAUUUUAUGCAAGCAAUAAGUCAUCGUCAUGACUCAGGACAGCAUAGAGAAGUUGUACAUUAAUUUCGGGGUGCUCGCCGAAGCCAAGGACAAGCUGCAGGAGCAUGAAAAGGAAUAUUUGGAAAUUUUGAAAGCCGUGAAAGGUUCGGCCAAGGAAAAGCGAUUAGCAUCUCAAUUCAUUGCAAGAUUUUUCAAGCACUUCCCCAAUUUGGCAGAAAAAGCUAUAGAUGCACAUUUGGAUCUGUGUGAAGAUGAAGAUAUAUCGAUACGCAAACAAGCAGUUAAAGAUUUGCCUCUCUUGUGCAAAGACAACAAGGAGCACUCUGCAAAGAUAGCAGACAUACUGGCACAGCUGCUAGUUGUUAAGGAUUCAUCUGAAUUAGAUGUAGUUCACAACAGUAUUAUGACCGUCAUCAAGAACGACCCAAAAGGAGCCAUCCGUGGAAUUUUCUCUCAAAUUCUAAAUAGUGCUGAAGACAACGGUGGUGAUGUAGUACGUGAACACUGUAUCAAAUAUUUAUCUACUAAGCUCAAGGCACUGGGUCGUGAUGUCAUAACUAAAGAUGUCGAAGAUGUAUUGAUUGCCGAAUGCAAAAAGGUUCUACAGGAUGUCACUGCUGAAGAAUUUCAUAGUAUUAUGGAAAUGUUGUCAUGGACAAGGCUUGGAUCUACAGUCAAUGGGCAAAAGGAAUUGGUUGAAAUAACUAUUGAACAAGCCCAACUCUCAGUACCAUUUAAACACACCGAUUUAGAACAAUGCAGCAGGUUGAUACAGUGCAUUAAACACGCUCUUCCAUACUUCAGUUCUCAAGUAGAAUCAACAAAGUUUGUUUCUUAUAUAAGUAUGCAAGUCUUACCUCAUCUGUCACUCAUUACUUCACCUGACAAGAGCGACGUACAAUUAGAACUUUUAAAACUUCUUGCCGAAUUGUCCGAGUAUUGCGGAAAAAUUGAAAAACCGGAAGAAAAAAUUCAACAGCUCUACAAUGCUUUAAUUACUUUUAUGCCACUACCUCCAGCCACAGAAAUUGCAGAAACACCCAAACUCCAGUUUAGUCACGUCGAAUGUUUAAUGUACGCAUUCCACAAGCUUUGCAAACAAACGCCGGAAUUCCUGAUCAAGGAUGCCGACCAGUUAAAAGAAUUCAGACUUAGACUACAGUAUUUUGCUCGUGGUAUACAAGGUUACAUCAAAAAGUUGCGAGAGGCUAUCAACGGAAAAAGUGAAGAAGAACUCAAAACAAAAGAAAAUCAGAUAAAAGUCAUAGCUUUAAAAACAACGAAUAAUAUAAACACCCUGAUCAAAGAUCUGUUCCACACUCCACCGAGCUUCAAGAGCGUUAUUCACCCAUCCUGGAAGACCAUUGUGUCAAAGGAAAAAAAGAGCGACAAGAUAACAAUAGGGCAAAAACGACACACACCAAUCACAUUUGGAAAUGGAAACAGUAUCACCAGUAGCAAUAGUAAUAACAGCAACAAUCAUGCUUCUAACAAACGUAUGAAGGUAGAUAGUGUAAGGAACAACAAAAUAUACACUCCUCCAAGCGGAAAGUACAGUUCAAACAUCUCCUCAAACUAUGGUAACAACCGGGGACGUUUCCAGAAUAAUCAACGGUACAACAAUAAUAAUGGCAGAGUCAACAGUGGACGCGGGACAGGCGGUGGUGGAUUUAGACCACGUGGUCGCGGUUCUUGGAGAAAGAAUUCUUACUAAAUAUAUUACAGAGAAUCGAUUAUUUUAUAAACCACGGCCGUUGCGUAUCGUCAGUUUUUCGGCGAAAUCGAAACAAACUCUAAAUAUAACGACGAGGCAAACAAACUUUUUUUUAAAACCAUAUAAUUAAAAGUGAAAAGUACUAACCAAUAUACUAGAAAUGAUUUUGUACUGAUGGAAAAAACGAUUCUUUGUUUAAAAGCGGUUACAGAGAGCAUAUUGAUUAAGACUUUUGAAUUUUAAAAUCGUAUUUUUGGAUCAGUUUGCGUUCACGUAAGAUAUGCUACAAAUGUACUUUACAAACCUAUCACGAAUGUGAUGAAGAACUUGAAUGAGUGCAUAAACGAUAACAUUUUGUGCUAAAGUACAAGUAUAACAUUUUUUGAGACAUUGUUCUAUUAAAGUGCGAUAGAAAUGCGUUGUAGUAGUUUUGUGUGAUAAGUUGCGAGUCAAAUAAUUAUGUAAGCACUUGAUGUUGAAGUUCGCUAAAAAACGCCAACUUAGGAGGUGAUAAAGUACUCACUUUAAAAAAUGAGAUAUAACUUAGAGUACCAAAACUCGAACUAUCGUAAAUCAGUAUGAGAAAAAGUAACAAUUAGAUUCAGUGUGCAUCGUAAUCUAUAUAGAAGAACAGCGAGAUAGGAGAAACAGAGGACCGCCAUAUUUGUACCGUAGCAUUCAAACGAUUCAAGUGAAAUGCGGCUUUCGUGUUAUGUGUCUCCCAACUCCCUACUCCUUUUCUCUAUUCUUCUUAAAUCCUUAUGUUUUUAUAAACACCACAAAUUACCUUACUAUUAAAUUUUUUCUUUUAAUGCUAAUAAUUACUAAGUAUGUUUACAGGUGCAGCUCUAUUAGGACAAAUUUAUGACGUCAGUUUUGCUUAAAUCUAAAAUUAACUUAAAACAUAAUCGAAGAAACAAUGUCGUUUACAGAAUCAUUUUGCUUUUGUUAAAAAUUUUGUAAUUUAUAAAUAUAUUUUGGUUUAAUUUUA